GUAGCCGCCGCCCGCCCACAGAGCUAAGACAGGUGUCCGCGCAGCAGCGGCGCCAGCGCGCUGAGCCGAGCCGUUAGCACGCGCAGUGCGUGAAUCUAUCCUUGGGACCGACCGUCCGUCGGUCGGCCGCAGCUCAGGUCCCGGCCCCGCGGCCCGGCCCCUCUUUGUCCGGCAUCCGGAGCCGCCCGGCGGACCCAACUUUGACGCCGCAGCCAUGUCCAUGGGCCUGGAGAUCACGGGCACUUCGCUGGCCGUGCUGGGCUGGCUGGGCACCAUCGUAUGCUGCGCGCUGCCCAUGUGGCGCGUGUCGGCCUUCAUCGGCAACAGCAUCAUCACGGCGCAGAUCACCUGGGAGGGCCUGUGGAUGAACUGCGUGGUUCAGAGCACCGGGCAGAUGCAGUGCAAGGUGUACGACUCGCUGCUGGCGUUGCCACAGGACCUGCAGGCGGCCCGCGCGCUCCUGGUCGUCGCCAUCCUCUUGGCGGUCUUCGGGGUCCUGGUUGCCCUCGUGGGCGCCCAGUGCACCAACUGCGUGCAGGAUGACACAGCCAAAGCCAAGAUCACCAUCGUGGCGGGCGUUCUCUUCCUGCUGGCCGCCCUGCUCACCCUUGUACCGGUGUCCUGGUCGGCCAACACCAUCAUCCGGGACUUUUAUAACCCCCUGGUGCCCGAGUCGCAUAAGCGCGAGAUGGGCGCUGGCCUGUACGUGGGCUGGGCAGCUGCGGCGCUGCAGCUGCUGGGGGGCGCGUUGCUCUGCUGCUCCUGCCCGCCGCGCGAGAAGAAGUACGCGCCCGCCAAGAUCCUCUACUCCGCGCCGCGCUCCAUGGGCCCGCCCGGCACUGGGACCGGCACCGCCUACGACCGCAAGGACUACGUCUGA